CCGUGCGGCCGCGAUAAGGAAGUACAUAUCGUACCAGCUGCGGGCAUUCCUUCCUUGUCAGUAAUCUCGGUGACGUCAGCCGGUUCAUGGCGUCUGUGUUGGAAGAUCCAGCUUUGCAGCGCCACUUUAAAGGACAUAAAGAUGCUGUUUCUUCUGUUGAUUUCAGCCCAGACAGCAAACAGCUUGCCUCAUCGUCUGCAGAUGGAUUUGUCAUGAUAUGGAACUUCAAACCUCAGUCCCGCGCCUACAAGUUUCUGGGACUCAAGGAGGCUGUGACUAGUGUGCAGUUUUCCUCUAAUGGACAGUUGGUGGCAUCAUCUUCUAGAGACAGGACCGUUAGACUCUGGGCGCCCAGUAUUAAAGGAGAAUCCACGGUAUUUAAAGCCCACACUGCUGCAGUGCGUAGUGUUGACUUCUCAAGUGAUGGUCAGUGCCUUCUUACUGCAUCUGAUGAUAAAUCAAUCAAAGCCUGGAGUGUGCACCGCCAGCGUUUCCUCUUCUCCCUUACCCAGCAUACAAACUGGGUAAGAUGUGCCAAAUUUUCCCCAGAUGGACGAUUAAUUACCUCAUGCAGCGAUGAUAAGACAGUUCGAAUCUGGGACACAACCAACAGACUUUGCAUUAACACAUUCAUGGAUUACAAGGGGCAUUCCAGUUAUGUAGACUUUAAUCCUACAGGGACAUGUGUGGCAUCUGCUGGCUCUGACAGUACAGUGAAAGUCUGGGAUAUUCGCAUGAAUAAAUUACUUCAACACUAUCAAGUUCACAGUGCAGAGGUCAACUGUUUGUCAUUCCACCCAUCUGGUAACUAUCUUACUACUGCAUCGAGUGAUGGUACAGUGAAGGUUCUGGAUCUUCUGGAGGGAAGACUUCUCUAUACUCUUCAUGGCCACCAGGGUCCGGUUCUUUCGGUGGCUUUUUCAAGAGGCGGCGAAAAGUUUGCAACAGGGGGAGCAGAUGCUCAGGUUUUAGUAUGGAAGACAAAUUUUGACAGGUUUACUAGCACAGAAAUUGUGAAGUUGCAGCUAAAGAGGACGCAUCCUGACAUGCCACCUCAUUUAAACGACAUCUAUCCCCGGUCUCCUCACCUCCACACAAGCACGGGCCAUUCCAUAGAGAUUAAUCCUAUGUUUGAAUUAGCAGACACACAAACCUUUGAUCCACCUGUUAUAGAAGUCGGAGCCAACUUCCCUUCCAGCAAACCGCUAAAGCCAUCACACAACUGGUGCGAGGAUGUACGAGAAUAUGAUAAAGUGCCUUAUUACUCUUCACCUCCCCUGCCCGCCAGCACAAAGAGAAAAGGGCAGGAAGAAAAUCCUUUGGGAAAUGGUGAAGCACACCUCCCCCCCUUAGUGAGCAGUACCUUGGAACACAUUGUGGAUCAGCUAAGUGUGUUGACACAGACUGUUUCAAUUCUGGAACACCGGCUGACAUUAACAGAAGAUAAACUCAAAGAAUGUCUGGAAAAUCAACAGAAAAUUGCAUUGCAGAUUUCGAGAGCAGAGUGAAGCUUUAAUUUGGAUGUAUACAUUUUUACAUGUUCUUUCCUUUUUUGUAAUUUACAUUUGUAGAGACGUUUUGAAGUACAAAUGUUUCCAGGUUUCAUUAAUAAAAUAAUUCUUAUUUUAAACUAUCAUAC